AAUUAUACCAAUAAAUAAAGAGCAUUUAGAAAGAGUGAUACCUUGCUGAGCUCCAUACACUCUCUCUGCCAGUCUUCUUCUUCUUCUUCCUUUAGCUUUUAAGUUUCAUCUCUCUCACCCUGAAAUAGGGGAAGCAGAGUCCUAUACCCUAAAUUUAAUGUACUCCCAUCUCUGUUUCUCUCGAGGCUGAGUUCUUGUUUUUCUUCUUGUCUUAACUUUUUUUUGUUUCUGUGCUCUGAAACUGAGACUUUUUUUUUGUUUUCUGCUGUUUUCUUUACCAAAGAUUACCCCCAUUCCGGUUUUUUCUUUGUAAUAAACCCACCCUUUUGUUUUUUCAGAUCUAUUACCGGUUCUUUUUAGUUUCUAUAAUUGGAAUCUUGAGUUUGAGUUCGGAGAUAUGAGUAAAGAAGAGUUCUUGAAGAUCCAGACUUGUGUUCUGAAAGUGAACAUACACUGUGAUGGAUGUAAACAGAAAGUCAAGAAAAUCUUGCAGAAAAUCGAUGGGGUUUUUACUACCAGCAUAGAUUCAGAACAGGGGAAGGUGACAGUUUCAGGUAAUGUAGACCCUGCAAUACUCAUUAAGAAGCUCGCAAAAUCAGGCAAACAUGCUGAGGUAUGGGGAGCUGCUAAACCUAACAACAAUAAUCAGAACCAGAUGGCCAAUCAGUUUAAGAACAUGCAAAUUGAUAAUGGCAAAGGUGGUAAUAACAGUAACAACAAAGGCCCUAAAGGUAACAACAACAACAACCAGCCUAAAGGUGGUGGCGGUGGCGGUGGUGGACAGCCGAACCAGAAUCCUCAACAGCAAUUCAGCCAGCAGAUGCAGCAGAUGAUGCAGCAGCAACAGCAGAUGAAAGCUAUGCAGGAUCUGAAUAAUAAGAUGGCGCAGAUGAAAUUACCGAUGAAUAAUAAUGGUCAGAAUCCGAAUCAGAAGGCGGUGAAGUUUGCUGCUCCGGCGGAGGAUGACGACAUGAGUGAUGAGUUUGAUGAUGAUGAGUUUGACGAUGAUGAUGAGUUUGACGAUGAUGAGUUUGAAGAUGAGUUGCGUGAUCCUCAACACCCACUUAAUAAAAUGAAGCCCAUUAUGCCUAAUAAUGGUGGCAUGAUGAUGAAUGGCAUGCAUCCUCAGCUUAUGAAUGCUCAGAAGGGUGGUCCGAUGCCAGGUGGAAAUGGUAAGAAGCCUGGCGGCGGAGGCGGCGGUGGUGGUGGUAAUGGAGCUGUGCCUGUUCAAGUAAAUAUGGGUGGUGCAAAUGGAAAUGCAGCUAAAAAAGGCGGCGGCGGUGGAGGCGGUGGUGGUGCGAUUGGUAACGGAGGAAACCAAAAUCAAAAUCAGGGUGGGAAAAAUGGCGGUGGAAAGCCACAGGAUGGGAAAAACGGUAACAAUGGCGGUGGUGGUGGCGGUAAUAAUAAGAACGGUAACAUGGGUGGUGGCGGUGGUGGUAAUGGUAAUAACAUGCAAUUGAAUGGGGGUAAAAAGGGGAAUAACGGUGGUGGUGCUGUAAAUGAUGCACUUAGGAACAUGGGUGGACCCCAUGGCCCCAUGGGUCAAAUGGGUAACCCAAACAUGCCCAUGGGUCAAAUGGGCAAUAUGCCCAUGGGCCAAAUGGGUAACAUCCCAGCAGUUCAAGGCCUACCGGCAGGGGCAGCCAUGGGCGGCGGCGGCGGUCCUGGUGGCCCCGGAAAUGGAUACUUCCAAGGAGCCGGGCCGGAUCUGAUGCCCGGAAACCCAUACCACCUCCAGCAGCAGCAGCAACAACAACAACAACAGUACUUGCAAGCAGUAAUGAACCAACAGAGAGCCAUGGGUAACGAGAGGUUUCAACCCAUGAUGUAUGCAAGGCCACCACCGGCGGUGAACUACAUGCCACCGUACCCAUACCCGUACCCGCCACCACAUCAAGGUCCAGACCCGUAUACCAACAUCUUCAGUGAUGAGAACACCUCGAGUUGCAAUGUGAUGUGAAGGUUGUCUUAUAGUAAUCUUUUUAUUACAUUUAACAUGAAGUUGAUGGUUAGCUUGUGGCGGUUCAGUUCAGUUAUAGUUGAAGGAGAUAUGGAAAUGGUUUUUUA